UCGAACGUGUCGUAUGGUGUUCAUUUCGUCCCGUCGGUUGUCUCGUGUUAUAAUCGUCGUAGUAAGAAUCGAAUAAACGUUGGAACGAACGAACCCCCACUGCGUUCGGGCGCAGUUUCGCUCAGUGCAGUUCUUCGCGCGUGGUAAACUGUUCAGUGUAUUUCCUCUGGUUUCUACGCCCGUGAAGUAUAUGCUCCCAUAGUGACAGGAAAAGUCGGAAGAAUGUGGGAUCACGACACUGCUAUACACCUCAUCGCCGGAGGUAUGGCCGGUACAGUAGGUGCAAUAAUCACUUGCCCGUUAGAAGUGGUGAAAACCAGACUGCAAUCCUCUUCAGGUUUUUAUCCGCCACCGGUGAACAAGGAACUGACAUCUGGCCAUGUGACAUGCAAGAGCUUCCAUAAACCCGAAAGGAAAGGAUUGUGCAAUGGAGGCUACACCAGGCACGCUCUGGUCGCCCUGUCGCACUUCGGGGUGCCGAGACAGCCUGGUAGCACGCCCCAUCCGCGUUCGGCCCCAGGGAUCUAUCAGUGCAUACGUUACAUCGUCCAGAACGAGGGUACCCGGGCGUUGUUCAAGGGCCUGGGCCCGAACCUCGUCGGUGUAGCUCCGUCAAGGGCGAUCUACUUCUGCGCGUACUCGAAGAGCAAGGUCGCCUUCAACGAGAUCUUACCCGCAGACACCCCAAUCGUACACGUUCUCUCCGCAUUCUGCGCUGGUUUCGUGGCAUGCACGUUGACAAAUCCCAUUUGGUUCGUGAAGACCAGGCUACAGCUGGACCAUCGAACGAACAGAAUCACCGCGAUGGAAUGCGUGCAGAGGAUAUAUGGCCAAUCGGGUAUCCUAGGAUUCUACAAAGGCAUUAUGGCUUCCUACGUAGGGAUAAGCGAGACUGUGAUACAUUUUGUGAUCUACGAGGCUGUGAAGGCUUGGCUAACGAAGCACAGGUCCAGAGUCUCCAGGCAAGACGACAUCAAAACGAUUCGCGAUUUUAUAGAAUUCAUGAUAGCAGCAUCUUUCUCCAAAACGGUUGCGUCCAUCUUCGCCUACCCCCAUGAGGUGGCUAGGACACGCCUGAGGGAAGAGGGGACAAAGUAUCGGACAUUCUGGCAGACCCUGAGAACCGUGGCCACCGAGGAAAGGAUAUUUGGAUUGUAUCAUGGUCUGGGCACACAUAUGAUCAGACAGAUACCGAACACAGCGAUCAUUAUGGCAACGUACGAGGCGGUGGUGUACUUUCUGAGCAGGCACCUCCAUCAACGUUCUCACAGCAUCAGCAGCUCAAGUGGAUCCCAGUUCUACGCCGAGGCGAAGGCGAAACGAGAGCUCGCCUAA